CUCCCCUCCGUCCAGCUGUCAUCUGACAGCGGCACACAUGAACCUCAGCGCCGCUGCUGCUGCCGCUGCUGCAGACGGAGCUGGUCACCCGCGCAUCCAAACACCCGCUCCCCGGCGUCUUCAUUCAAACGGGGGCAGCAACAUGUCAGGAUACAGCCGAGUCUCUGCGGACUGACGCGUAGGAGGAGAGCCGCGCCGCUAACGCUAGCUGACGUUUAGUUAGCCUGCAGGCUAGUGGCAGCUAGCUGCCGAGCGGAGUGCUGCUUUGUGCCGUCAGCUCGCUAGCGAAGCGAAGGUCGGAGGGACUCGCGUUAGCUGGUAGUGCGGAGCGGGUGCAGUUCGCCAUUCGGCUCCAUUAAGGUGUCAUUUGAAUGGUUUGCUUUGAUGCUGUGCGACAUUUAGUUUUGCUCGUGUGACCCCGCUUCACGUUUUUACCGUUUCAUGCGUUUAUUAAUUUAACGAAAUUUAACGGUUGAUGUUUGGCCAGCUAGCUAGCUAGCUAAUCGGCUAUGCUAACGCCAGCUCAGUGAGAGCUCGCUCGCGGGGGUGCGGAGAGCUCCAGGCGGGUCAAGGGAGAGAGGUGACUUGUGAUGUGGGCUGAGGGAAGCGGCGGUCUGUCAGGAGAAGGACAGCAGCAGUAUUAACUCAAACACGUUGUGUGUGUUUCUCAUACUAAUCCUCGUCGAGGUUCAGGGGCCAUAGCGUCUGUCAAGCUGUGUGCGGGGCGUUGGAUGAAGGAGGAAAGAAUCGGGGCACUUUGAUUUGCGAGCAGGCUAAAUGAACAGUGUCGGUGUCGCUGCAUCGUGAACCGGUGGUCACCGCGCCAGCUUGAAGGGGGAGGAGGUCACUCUGUCCAGAUUAUCGCACAGACUGCAUCAACCAGCCAGUUUGCUUUAAGAUGGCUUCGGCGAUCAGCAUUGCCGCAUCCAUUGCGAGCAAGACGAAGACCAAGAAGAAGCACUUCGUCGCUCAGAAAGUGAAGCUCUUCCGUGCCAGCGACCCUCUGCUCAGCGUGGUCAUGUGGGGAGUCAACCACUCGAUAAAUGAGUUAAGCCAUGUUCAGAUUCCCAUCAUGCUCAUGCCAGACGACUUCAAGGCGUAUUCGAAGAUCAAAGUGGACAACCACCUCUUCAACAAGGAGAACAUGCCCAGCCAUUUCAAGUUCAAGGAGUACUGCCCUCUGGUGUUCCGAAACCUCAGGGAGAGGUUUGGCAUCGAUGAUCAGGAUUUCUUGAACUCACUGACACGUAGUGCUCCCUUGAACAGUGAGGCCCAGGGACGGAGCGGGGCCCGCUUCCACACCUCUUAUGACAAACGCUACGUCAUCAAGACCAUCAGCAGCGAGGAUGUGGCAGAAAUGCAUAACAUUCUUAAGAAAUACCAUCAGUUCAUUGUGGAGUGCCAUGGCAACACGCUUCUGCCUCAGUUUCUGGGGAUGUACCGACUCACAGUGGAUGGAGAUGAGACCUACAUGAUUGUCACACGCAAUGUUUUCUCCCAUCGCCUCUCGGUCUACAAAAAAUACGAUCUCAAGGGUUCUACCGUGGCAAGAGAGGCCAGCGACAAGGAGAAGGUACAGGCACCUGUCCAGCCGCCCCAACCAGAGGAUGCGCCCCCGCGGCCCAAAUCUGGUAACGUUCAGCAAAGGCUGCAAACACUGCGGAUUGCCACGCGCUUUUACUGCGCCAUGAAACACGUAAGAGAUGCCAAGGAGCUGCCCACCUACAAGGACAAUGACUUCAUCAACGAUGGGCAGAAGAUCGGCAUUGAUGACGAGAACAAGAAAAUGUUCCUGGAGAAGCUCAGGAAAGACGUGGAGUUCCUGGCCCAGCUGAAGCUCAUGGACUACAGUCUGCUGGUGGGGAUCCACGACGUGGAGCGAUCCGAGCAGGAGGAGGUGGAGAGCGAGGACAACGAGGCAGACGAGGAGGGAGAGAGUGACGGAGGGGGCAUUGGGACGCCCCCUGACAGCCCCAGCAACACGCUGGACAGCAACAAGCCUCUGUCACCUGGAGAGUUUGAUCCCACCAUCGAUGUCUAUGCCAUCAAAAGCAAUGAUAGUGCUCCCAGGAAGGAGGUUUACUUCAUGGCUAUCAUAGACAUCCUGCAGCAUUAUGAUGCCAAGAAGAAAGCUGCCCAUGCCGCCAAGACUGUCAAACACGGGGCCGGGGCAGAGAUCUCCACCGUGAACCCGGAGCAGUACUCCAAGAGGUUUUAUGAUUUCAUCACCACUAUCCUGUCAUAGCCUCCAGGAGCCUACGGGGUCACAGAGGCACACUGGGUGGGGGAAAGGGAGGACAAGUGGGGAGCCGGGCAGAGAAGAAAAGAGAAAAAUUAAACCCACGGAGAGGCUGAAUUACCACAAAGUGCUGUGAUGGCUUUGUAUCGCUCUCCCUCACUCGUUCUCCUCAUCCCUCCCUCUUUGUUUCUCUCUUUCAGUGGGGUGCUUCGCUCUGCAGCUAAAAACAUCAUUCGUUUACAUUUAACCUCUUCCUCUGAGUUUUGUUCAUGUGUUACGUUGGAUGAUAAGGGUGUUAAAAGCAAGUGUUCAAGUCAUUACGUAUUUUGUUUUGUUUUGUCUGUGGUUGUUUAUGUGGGAAUAUGGCUGAUUUUUUUAUUGCCUCUAACAUAACAUCCAGCACCCUGCAUUUUUUUUUUUUUAAAUACGUUGAUGUUUAUAUUCGUCUUUUCCUUUAUGAUGUUCGGGGGGGGGGGUAUGAAAUGAUACAGAAUGCAGGGGUCAGAAUUCGGCUCAAGGUUCCUCUUGCAGAGAGAAAGCUUGAGUAUGAUGUUAAAAAAAUAAGGGACGCGUAGGUUGCGACUCGUCUAAUGCAAAUUUAUUUCAGGAAGUAGGAAGCAGUCUUCCAAUAGGCCAACAGCCAGACCCCCACCCAAAUGCUGUACAAGUUCUUAGCCUAACAAAUUAUCCUGUUUUGGUUCCUCCUCCAUCGCCCGUCCUUUAAAAGCCUCCCCUUCCCUUGACGUCCCGUCGUGUGUACAGAUAAUGAACUGAACUUCUGGGUUAUCCCCUCGCAACAAACUUCCAUCGUUGAGACAAAGUCACUCGUUGCAAUAAAUUACGAUAUGUGUUUCCUAGUCGCACCUCUGCGUCGCUCAGUGUUUUGUCCCUUUUGUUGUGAUGUGCAGUGAUUGAUAACGACUGAGGUAAGACAUGUAUCUGUCAUUUUCUCUGAAUACGUUGGGCAUUGUUUGUUAAGUCACGGUUUCGGUUCCCUCGGCGGGGAAUGACCCAGAAGUUUCUUGUGGCUGUCUUAGAGUGAGUCGCUCGUCGUUCUUUCUUUCUCACAGUUUCAGAUUGAAACAUCAGCAGCCCUCAACCUUCUGUUGCCAUCAGCACCUUAUGAGUAAAAUCAAAAAAGAAAUAAAGUUGCACUUUUAUGUUGUUAGAGGUUAGGAGCUCUUGUUCUGUUACAUGUGCUGCAACAAAGAGGAAAAGGAACUCAGCUCUCUUAGGUUUGAAUUUUUGUAGCCUGAUUUUAAAUCCUGUCUCCUCCAUCGGUUCUUACCAACUGGUACAACUCACAGGGAUUGUUUGGGAAGAAUUCAUUGCGAUGCUAAAAAACGGAAAUCAUUUCUGUUAACACGUCGUUUGCAAGCAAAUCUUUCCAAUCUGUGUUCUGUGGUGAUGUCGUGGCAGGUUUUGGGGGCAGGCGACAGUGUGACUGCAUUCAGGACAAAAUGAGGAAAGUUUACCUCCAGCAUCGUACCAGCACACACCCAGUGGUGGCGAGCCGUGUGCGUGUUCGUGUGUGUGUCAGUGUUCAGACGUUGUACAGGAGUGAUAACGAACAGAGAGGAGGGAGGUUCGGAAGAGCAGCUGCAGAUGUAAAGAUAUGUUAAGACAUUAAUACCGACAGCAUCACUCUCCUCUCUAACCUCAGCUGUGAGUCUGUUACUCGUGUCGUCUGUGUCAUUAUUGUUGACAUUUUUUUUUUAAAAAGGUGGUUUAUCUGUGUUUGAAUUUGGCAGUUAUGAAUUGAUGUGGUAAUCAUUUUUUUGAGUUUGAGGUUGUUGUUUUUUUUGUAUAUUUUGCACAAGAGGAAAGGAACCAAACGUUACAAAUCUGAUCCCAUUUAGUCUAUACGGUCUUAACAAGGGAAAUGCAAUAUACUUGUGUGUAAGUGAGAAAAGUUGUUGUGCGCGUGACGUUGUAUCACCUCUCGAUAACCAACUAAAACAAGUUAACGUCGUCCUCCUUGACUUAUUCUUACCCAUGCAAAAAGCUUCCAUUGCAAUAUGUUUGCUUAGAUAUCAUAGAAUAUAUUCACAAUUAUAUUUUUACAUUGGAUUUUAGUCAUGAAAUAUAGUUGUAUUUAAAAAAAAAAAAACAAGGAGCCACAUGUGGAAUGAAUGAUGGUGCUGUGGUAAAUGAAGAAUGAUAGUGCUUGAAUUUAUACAAUGUUUAGUGUAGAUGUACUUUUAAAAGAAAAGUCAUAAAAAAAUUGCAUGUCACAGGACUAAGUUUCCUUCGCCCUCUCGUCCGUGUCGUCAGCUGUUCAGGUUCUCGUGCGUCUCCACGUUAUAACCAUAUUUGUGAGCUGUGUUCAGCGUAAAUUAGUCCCUUGUCAUGCUUUAAAUAACUGGUUCUCAUUGUAUACACUGUGCAAGAUGUGUGCCUUUAUACUCCAAAAUGAUUUAAUUUUAUAUUUUCUAAUCUUUUUUUUAAACAAAAGGUAAAAGUUUUUUUUUUUUAUAAUAGGGUGUUUUAUUUUUGACGUACCAUUAUUUCCGACUUAUUUUCAACCGUCUCCCCACUUCAACACCCCCUCUAUCGUGUGUUUUCAGUUCGUUCACGUCCGUUAAACAAAACCAUUCUAAUGAUUGUGUUUUAACCGACAAGUGAAUCGCUGUCUUACAUUUGAAGAUGGUGGAUCCGUUUGGACAUUCUGAUAAUUCAGUGUGUGCUGGCGUCGUCUUCCUUCUCCUCAGACUGGAGCUGGCGUGUUCUGAAGUUAAUCCCUUCUCCGUUCACGCUGCUCCUGCCUUUAUAAAGAACGUUUUUGUGUAUGUGUGGAAGUGCAUUGUGGAGUACGUGAUUGUGUUGUGUCACACUGACUGGCGGCUUUUGUGACCGUCAGCAUCUUCCUCACACUUCCCCUGCAGAUGCAAUCACAUUUUAGGAAUGUGAUCAGUUUUAUUAGAAAGUGUUUGUCCAAAGUUUCACUUUGUUUUCGAUGUAAAACUUCCAUUCACAUUCAAUUGCUCCGUUACCUGCGUCUCUGUGCGUAACCCGGAUCCCCGCUUGUUGUCAGGGGAGAUGAUCAGCUGAUCUCUCAUCCUGAGUCAGUGGUCGAUGUUUCUAUGCUCCGUCACUAUAAAUGGGCUGUUUUCUUGUUUUAAUGUUCAUGGGUCGUGUCAUAAAGGAAAACAGGGAAGGAGGGAACACAAUCAACUCUGAGUCUGCUUUGCUCAGUUUGGCCCUGGAGGCUUCCUGUAGUCAAACAUCAGCAAAUGUAGAAAACAGAGCAGUGCAUGCUGGGAGAGUGUUGUUUUUUUUAUUUUCUGUUUUGUGUGGUUUUUUUUCAAAGUAACAACUCUGGAUUUCACAUAACAAAGACAAAGCCAGACUUUAACUGAUGCAAAUUAAAGACAAUUAUAAUCCACGUGCCCUGCUGCUGUACAAGUCCUCGCUUUCAUGACGUCUCUCAUGAACAAACUCCUUCACUCAUUAACCAGUUGACCUGCUGCCAGCUUUAACUUGCCAAAAACAAAAAAAAGCAUCUUUCAGCAAUCACAACCACCCGACAUGAGCUUGAAGAACAUUGUGUUUUUUUGUGUAAUGUGUCUGUGUGAAAUUAUUUUUCUUUUCUAACUGGGAGAUGUUGCAGCGCUGAAUAUGCCCAAAGUGCUCCAUUGAGUGUAAAGGGAAGAAUUAAAAUUUAAAAAAUGCACAUGACUGGAGGCCGGGUGCGAUCUGCAGAGCUGGAGAAAUGUCCUUUUGGCUUUAAAAAAAUCAAAACUCAAAAAAUCCUAGUGGAUUAAAGGUAAAAAUAUUUUUUUUUCAUUCUCAGAAAUGGUCAAAACACAAGAGACCAGGAAAUCUUCCCCUGCAGAAAGUGCUUUGACCUCACAACAGCCCCGAGUCCUUUUAGACUAUACAUCUAAAAGACUCAAGCAUUAGUGUGUGUGUGUGUGUGUGUGUGUGCGUGCGUGCGUGCGUGCGUGUGUGUGUGUGUGUAUUGCUGUCUGACAGUGGUUGGUGAGAGUUCCCUUUCAGUGGCAGAAAAGCCAAAAUGAUGUUGUAUGUUUUAUUGUUCUACACAUUUAAUGAUAAUAAUACACUCCAUUCCAUAAGCCUUCACUCAAACCAAUUAAAGCACUUGUUCUGCUUAACUCAAAA